CUGUCCGCGGAGGGAAGGUAUAGGAGGGGCGGAGAUGGGCGUUGGAAGGUGCUGUUCCCUGGUGGUGAUGGUGGUGGUGGUGAUGGUGAUGGUGGCGGUAAUGGUAGUGAAGGUGCUGGGCCAAGAGGCAGGAGGCGACGAGGUAAGCGUUGCGGAGUUCACGAAGGAGGAGGGGCGUGAUGACCUGACCCCCUACCGCCGCACCCUGGACCCCUCCCGCACCCUCACCGCCUUCACCGUCUGCGCCAGGUUCAGCUUCUCGCUCCUAGAUGGCAGGACGAGCUUCCUCAGCAUCACGUAUGAGCAGCAGUACAACUAUGUCUUCAGAAUAGAGUUGUGGAUGAGGCGCGUCAGACUCGUGGUGGCAAAAUUCUGGCUCAUCUUCCCCCUCAAGACAAAGUUCCAAAUCCUCAGGUGGUAUCUCCUGUGCUUCGUCCACGACCCGGCGAGCGGCCAGGUGGAGGCGGUGCUGGACGGGCGCGCGGAGUUCGCCACGGCCCUCAAGCUGCCCGGCCCGCUCAAGGCUGACACGCUGCACCUUGGCCGCGGCACCGAUAUCUUCAUGAGCUACAGGGGGAACGUCAGCCAGGUGAACAUCUGGAGCAGGGCUCUGAGCAACGAGGAUAUGAGCACGAUGGUGGAGUGUCGCGCGAACCUGGCGGGGGACUAUUUGUCUUGGGAGCGGGAUUUGCGGGACCUUGGUGUGUUCCGCCACACCGAGCCCUUUGCCCGCCUGUGCCGGCGCCAAAGCAGCUCUCGCCACUUUCUGUUCCCCGAUGUCUCGCACGAGCAGGCCCUGUACCUGUGCGGCGCCCUCGGCACCUCCCUGCCGCUGCCCGCCAGCCUAGAAGAGAUCGCCUCCUUGCACGGGAUCAUCAACGACGCGGGCAUGGUCACACCGGGCCAGAGGAACAUCUGGACACCCAUCAACGACAUCAGGACUGAGGGCGUGUGGCGCUCCUCCCUGGACGGCGACACAACGACCGCACUCUUCUGGGACCGAGGGGAACCCAACGGACUGACCUACGAGAACUGCGUCUACAUCGGGACUGUUGCAAUGAACGACGUCGGCUGCGACGAGACGCCCGCAUCGGCGAUAUGCAAAAUGAACACCCGGCCGGUGUUCACCCUGCGCGGCACGGGGGAGGUGGAGGCGCGGGUGUCCUUCGUGGCCGAUCAGCCCAAGGCGGGGGGCGAGCUGAAGUUCCGCGGCUUCAGCGGCAACGUUAUCCUGAAGGAUGGCGGCUUUUGGGAGUGGCGGAGCACCGACAACACCACCAUGGCGCGCCUCGAAGACCUGCCCUCCCAGACCUACCCGAUGGGCCGCAGGACAUGGCUGUACCAGGGGACGAUCCAGCGGCUGGUGCUCACCGCUUGCGUGGGGGGUCAGUUCACCUGUGACGACGGCAGCUGCGUCUCGAUACAAAACCGCUGUGACUACAAGUACGACUGUGACGACCUGAGCGACGAGAACAGCUGCGUCAACAUCAAGCUGACCAAGAGUUACCAGCAGCUGCUGCCGCCCCAAUCAGACGGCGACGCCCUGCUCAUCACCGCCCUCUUCCGUGUGAUGACGGUGUCUGUCAGCACCGAGGACAUGAAGCUCGAGCUGAGCUUCGAGUUCUCGCUCCUCUGGGCCGACGAGAGGGUAGAGUUCUUCAACCUUAAGGACAAGCGCCUCAACUGGCUGCCGGAAGAGGAGCUGAACAGACUCUGGACGCCGCUCAUCUUCUUCGUCAACUCCGAGGACAACCAAAACACCCUCGUGGACGAGAACACCAUCCUGAGGGUCGACAGGCAGUGCCCCCCAGAGACCACCAGCACCAUGGACUCCCGCGAAGUCGAGAUCUUUUCCGGCUCCUGCAACCCCUUGAGGCUCUCCCGCCGCUACAAGAUGCGCUUCGCCUGCGAGUUCGACCUUCUGCUGUACCCCUUCGACCGCCAGACGUGCCAGGUGCCUCUCCUCCUGCACUCCACCAUCAGGAGCUACGUGCGUUUCCAUCCCAACGACUCCAACGUCCUCUACAGCGGCCCUUCCAAGCUGAGGGAGUACGAGGUCGGUUCUUUCAGCAUGCGGGAGCCCAGCGCCUGCAAGGACACGAGCGACAUCUGCCUGGAGGUUCCCCUGACGCGGCUGUGGGGCAACGCCGUGCUCACCAUGUACACGCCCUCGCUAAUCCUGCUCGUGCUAAGCUACAUGACGCUCUUCUUCGACCCCUCGCUCUUCGAAGUCCGCAUCAUGGCCGCCCUCACCUCCCUCCUCGUCAUGGCCACCUUCUUCACCCAGAGUUCGUCCUCGCUGCCCACCACGUCAUAUGUCAAGAUGGUAGACUUGUGGCUCCUCACCUGCAUCCUCCUCGUCUUCCUCAUGGUCAUCUUUCACACCCUCGUCGAGCGCUUUCUUCGGCAGGAGGAGGAGUUGAAGGGGAAGGGGGAGAAGGUCUGGGCCGUUGGGAAGGCUUCUCUCGCCACCUUCUCCGACGCGGGCCAUUUCAACAAGAAGUUCUCCCUCCAUUCGUCUCCUCCACCGCCGCCUUACGCCGACUCCGAGUUGCGUCCUCUCUUCACGAUGGAGUUUUUCAUGUGGGUGUCGAAAAUUACGAUGCCCAUUGUCUUCAUCACCUUCGUCAUCAUUUACCUGGCGGCCAUUGCGAUCCUUAUCAAAUCUUCUGGACCCUAAUAGAAGCAGAGAAGCGAGACAGGUAUCAGACAGGAAACAACCAUGAAUUCGUAUUUCUUUAAGAGUUGCGAAACAGGUAUUGCGUGAAUUUAUGAAGACUUACCUUGUUCAGCAUCCCAAUAAAAGCACGACAGGUGUAUGACAAAAAACGACCAGGUGUAUUUGACUCUAGAAGGACACUAAGGAUCGUAUUACUAAACAUUUCGUCGCCCAAGUUCACAUAUUUGACACGGCUUUCGUAGGAGCUUGUGGCAUUUCCUGAAGUAGUUUUAUAACCCUGGUGGUAGUCUGACCCUUCUUCUGUACCAUGAACCUCAAGAAACACUCAUUAGAACCCGAAUGAUCCUCACUUUGACCUUUAGAAAUAGUUGAUGUGACAAGCGAAUGUCUUAUAAUACUGACCUAAAACUACUAGCACCAUGAGUAUUGUGAAGACCUACCUUGUUCAGCACAGGUGUAUGACGGGAAACGACCUGGUAUAUUUACUCUUUCAGGACACCGAGACUGGUAUCAUAAGUUUUGUGUUGUUCAGACCCGCCAUAGAGACUAGACUGCAGGAAACAAUUAAACACAUGCACAUUUGACUCAGAAUAACAAAACCAACAAAACUAAUAUCUCUAUGUGACCACUGACCAAUAGAAGCACAUUGAUAGUUGGUCUGGUAACAGGAACCCAUGAGUGAAGUUGCUCCUCACUGUCACCGCACCAAGACCAAGACUAACCAGCAAUAUACUGUGUUAUGGCUAGUCUGACAAUAGUAAGCCGUGCACAUCAUCACAAUUAAGGCACCACAUCACGUUGCCUCGGAGAACACAACUCACACCCCUGCCACCACACCAAACUAGAGUAGCCCUAUCGUUUAUACUUUGAGUUCCACAGUCCACUACCGCAAGUUCGCAAGCUCCCAAACCAAACAAAAUACCACGAAAAUUCCUUGUAUAGUGUUUGGUGUUGAUGCAGAAGUAGAGAAAUUUGAAGAAACAUAUUUAUACAGGAAAUUUCUCUUGUAUAUUGGGUGUUGAAUAAAAGAAAAACGGAUCACUCUGAAGACUAUAGUUUGGUUUGAGCGCUGACAAUGAGUGUGUGAUGGACUGCGGCACUGGCCCGUUGUCUCGGUGUAGCGGAAAGGUACACCGAUUCAGUCUUUUUAACGGUGUGUAAGAUACGACAGUUGAUGGACCAAGGAUAUGAUAUUAUCUAUUUGACAGCUGUUCCCUCACGUCUACAGUCAAUUAUGCAUGUUACGAAGAUUACAUAUUACUAGUAUAUUAUUCCUUUUAUUCACCACAGUGGAUGUAGAGACGGAGAAGGAGGAAAAGGUGUGGAAGCAGAUUUUUACAGGUGAUUUCCGUUUUAUUGUGUUGUUUGUUUGGUUUUCUUUGUUUGUUACGUCUUGCUUUGCCCUUUACUUUAAAAACAAAAGGAAAGGAAAGUUAAGUAGUUUGACCCAUUUUCAUUUUGGUUUACAUGUUUCGCGUUUACUAUUAUCACUUAACAUAUAUCGUAGAUCCUGUAGCUUGCUGUGGUGCGUCGGAAGGUGGGAUAGGAGAAGGAAGGCAAGGAUGAAUAGUUAUGACCCUGUGACUCAAGAAGAGGAAACAGCAAAGGAUGAGGCGAUGCAGGGAUGGGCUUGUCAUGAGUCAGGUAAGGCGCAGCACCUGCACCCACCUGUGUCCUUUCUUUAAUUAGGGCUUAUACUCAUCACUUUCACUUUCAUGGUUCUUUUCACCGAUAGAACAUGUUGAUUUACCUUUUU